AUGCCAUCAAUAAUCCGCAGCUGGUACCCACGCCUCACUUCCAGGACCGGCGUUUGGUCCGAAGACGAGCACGACCGGUUCCUCGCCGCUAUUCGAGAGUUUCCCCGCGGUCCGUGGUUCUCGAUCGCCAAAGCAGUCGGCACUCGGUCCGUCCGGCAGGUGCAGACGCACGCGCAAAAGUACUACGAGAAGAUCAUGAGGCGAGGUCGAGGGCUUCGCAAGGACCGCAAGACGUGGCCGAGGGUCGAGCACCGCAUUGGCGACGACGUUCUCGAGUUCUGCGAGCUCAUGAAGCAGUUCAACAAGACCAAGAGCGAGCCCCUGCCAUCGACUCCUAAGCGCAGUCAACGACGCUCCAAGAAGUCUUCGAUCAGUCCACACAACAGCCCGCUGCGACGGUGUGCGGCGUUUGCUUUGGACGGCGCUAAGUUCAAGCUCGAGCUGGAGAGAUGUACUCGGAGGAUGGAUGCACCCCGUGAUCUCUCACUCAGCAUCGACGCCGAUGUAAGCGAUUUGGAGCUCCCACCGUUCGAGGAGGCGAUCGACUUCCUGAUCGAAAUCAUGGAGACAUGA